UCGAAGCCAAAACUGAUAUCUUAAAUUUGUAGCCUUCAGUGCGUUGUCUGUAAAAUCCAAAAUUCCAAAAACCUAAUACAACAUGUUUCGUUCUUUAUCCGUACUUAUGUUCAAUACUUCUGAAAUCGAGGCGAAUCUCUUUGGCAUGGCCGACGAUGUGUACAACACGAUCGAAAUUUUCAAGGAGGCGGCCAGGUUCGAGGCUAAAAUAGCCAGGCCCUAUAAACUGGUGACCAACAUUAUGGACUGUUUGGUGUUCAUGGCGGUGGCUCUAAUGGUCGUGGCCUUUAUCAUGCACGAUCGUAUUGUGGUGUUCAGAAAAUUGGCCAAAAUCAGUCGAGAAAGGAGCGAAAGAAAGAGGAUUCCGCACCCGAGAAAAGCUUCCAGUACUUCUCUAGUGGAAAAUGAUAUUGAAAAUGCUAAGGAGCCAGCAGAAGACGACGGAAUAGGCAACGGAACUGCAACAGAUGACGCGGACACGAUCACAAUUCAACCCAGUGACCAUGCCCAAAUUAAGAAAAAGACCAUGGUCGGAACUCCCAAAUGGGCCUUCAACUGGCUGUCUACAAUAAAAAACAAAGGUUUUGGUACGAUUUACGAUGGCUUUUUUCCGGUAGCUAACAAAACCACGUCACCCAUUCGUUAAAAAGGUUUCCGAUAGUUCGAUCGGAUUCAUGACUUACGGAUCUUUUGCGUUCAACGAUUUAAAGUGAUUAGUGGGCGGAUUCAAGAACCACAAAUUACCUUAUUAGACCCGGUAUAAAUAUGAACAUACACUUAGUACGUGUACAUGACUCAU